AUGCCUCUUUUUAGGGAUACAUACACGGAGAAUAUGCAGCGAGAUUCCACCGAAGCCCAAAGACUUGACGAGCAAUUUGAUCUUCUCACCGAAAACAUCGGCUACCUGCUGCACCCUUCCGUUCGAGACAAAAUGCAUCCCCAGGCACGAGUUGCUGACAUCGCCACGGGCACUGCAGCCUUCCUGCGCGACCUGGCCCAUGACUGGCCCAAUGCAAUCCUACACGGCUAUGACAUAUCAACCUCGCUCUAUCCACCUGCCAGAACACUCCCCAAAAACGUGACUCUGUACCUUCUUGAUGCCCGCAAGGAUGUUCCGGUCAACCUGUAUGGACAGUAUGAUAUUGUACACGUUCGACUCAUUUCCGCUGGCUUGACAGGGUCCGAAUGGAACAGAGUUAUUCGCAAUCUCUCCCGGCUCCUAAAGCCUGGUGGUGCUAUGCAGUGGGAAGAGUGUGACUUUACUAACGUUCGCCACCUCCCUGGUCGACCUGAUUCCACGACUGAGGCUGCUAGCGCCAUGGGAUUAAUGUACAUGACUGCCAUGAAGCCCCGCUUUGACUAUGGCUGGAAUCGAUUGGCGGCCGAGAUGCGCGCUGCGGGUCUUGUGGAUGUCCACACUGAGGCUGUCUCUGCGGGUCGGGUUUAUGAUACCCGCGCGCGUUUGACUGCGAAUGGAAUGAGGGCUAUGUUUGCGUGGGCGCGUCUUCACUCUGCUCGAGGGACGCAGGGGGCGCUUCCUAUGCAACAUAUUGAGGAACUGGAGCAAAAGGCUUACGCGGAUAUUCAAUCUGGCUGUUAUGUUACAUAUGACAUCCACGUUGCCUGGGGAUUUCGGCCUGAGUAA